GCUAUCGAGUCAGUGGGUCUUACGACAUCACAGAAGUAAGGUGUGUUGCGCGGCGCUCCGUGAACCACCUGUUAAUACCUACGUGGCAAGGACUCCUGAGCGGAACUAUUUAAUCAAAACCAAUUAACACUUCUUACCCGCCCUCGCACCUGCCUGGACGUAAUAAGGGUUACUGAAUUACCGUGGGAUUAAGUAGAGUGCAGUAAUUGUUAUUGUUUUAUUGAGUGCGCGAAGUGACCAUAUUGAAGUGCGGUGGUCACGACUGAAAGACUGAAGUGAUGACAUGACAUUGAAAAAGGGUUGAGGAAAUGUGUGAAGUGAUGGCCGAGACACCGAAUGCGAUGGACGACUCGCUUGACUUGAGUCUUGAGGACUUCGGGGACAUGACGCUGGGGGGGAUGUCUUCCUUGCCCUAUGGCGGCUCCACCCUGGAGGAGGAGGAACGCCCCGGCUCGUCCCUCAGCACGGCCUCGCGCUCCUCAAGGAUCCCCGUGCUCACCCGCUCCCACUCCCUGCGUGUCAAGUCGUCGUCGUCGUCUUCCUCGUCAACCUCGCAUGGUCAGGAGGGAGCUAAGGGCUCAUCCAAGGUAGCGGGGAAAGUACGGAGUGAGCCCAGACCAAACUCCAGAGCGUCGCCGAGUGUUGGAAAGGGUCUUGUGAGAUCCGCCAGUUUCGUCUCGUCGCGGGGAAUGAAGGGUCUGUCCUCACCCCCCUCACCCCCCUCCGCCCACCCCUCCAGGCACCCCACCCACGCCUUCACCCCCGACACGGCCCGCCGAGCCGCCGCCCACUCCUCCACCCACGCCAGGAGGACCCCCACAGGCGCCUCCGACAGGAAAUCUCAUAAGCUUGAGGCCCUUUUGGACGAGGACAUUCUGGGCCUAGCGGGCGGGGAGGGUGCAUGCUGCUGCUCCUCAACCUGGGAUCAGUGUUUGGAGGGGCCACACUCGCCCGGGUCGUACGCCGGCAUGAUGGGCAGCCCCUGGUCCCACCAUCACUACAACCACCACCACUACAACCACCACCACCACAACAACAGCAGCACCAGCAACCACCACUACAGCAGCCCCUACCACCACCACCUCAGCAGCUACAGCCACCACAGCAAACGACCCAAUUUCCUCCCAGUGUCCAACGCCACGUCCUCCUCGUCCCAGUACAGUUCCCUGCCCACCACCCCGGCGUCGCAGCCAGACACGCCAUCAAGGUCGCCAGAUUCCAACGAAGUAGACGACGCCGACUCCGUGAAGAGCUUCGGUUCCGUGUCUUCGGCGGUGAGCUGCGACGCGGCGCUCACCCACCGGCACCAAGGGCAGGGCGGCGUUGGAAGCUCCAGGGGCGUGAGGAGCCUGAAGUACGUCCUCCACUGCCGCCACAACCACGAACACGACCCCGAGCAGUACCUGACACCUACGCAGCGGGCGGCGCGACGGAUCCGGGAGUUAAAGGCGCAGUUGUCCGAGGCGCGGCGAGAGGUGCAGCAGAGGGACACUGAAAUAGCUCGUCUGACCCGCGAACUCGUUGAACUAAGGCUGUUGAAGGCUCGAGGUCCGCAGUGGGAGGAGGACGAGGACGAGGAGGAUGGCGCGAGGGGCGGAAGUGGAGGGAAGAGUGCCGGUAAAGGUGAGGGCGUGUCUGUCGCACCUGCCGCCGCCUCCACCCACACGCUGGCCACGCCCAAGACCACCACCUCGGGCACACCGUCGGAGGGGAGCGAGCCGGAGCUGAGGAGACUCAUGGAGAAUAUGAACGCUGGCGCUGCAGACCCCGCGGCACCCCAGCCCCCACCCUCGGCGUCCCCGGCAGGAGGUUCGGUGGCGGAGACGACUACCGACUCCGUUGACCUCACCCGCUCCUCACUGGCCGACUCGGGGCACUAUGACGACCUGACCUCCCCCAGCCUCUCAUCCAGGGUCAGUAAUGAGGAUCCGUCCGAAGCCAACCGAGGUUCAGCUCGUGGGCUGCGGACGGAGGAAGAGUUGGUGGAGGCCGAGGCGGAGUGUGAGCGUGGCGAGGAGGAAGUGGCGGCGGAAGUCAUGGCUAGAAGCAACAGCAGAGGAGUGGGAGAGGCCUUGGACCCGUGGGUGGCGGUGGAAGUGGCCGAGGAGCGCCUGCGGGAGGAGUACCUUCACCGGGAGGAGGUGCUGAAGAGGAACCACAUGGAGGAGUACCACGAGCUGAAGGAGAAGCACAACGACAGGGUGGAGGUGCUGCUGUCCAAGCUGAGCGACGCCAACCUUAAGUACUUCGAGCUGCGGCCUCUGUACGACCAAAGCCAGGAGCGGGUGCGUGAGCUGGACCGUGAUGUAAUGAGGCUGAAGGAGGAGCUGGCCGAGGCUGAUCUGCGGCACCAGAAGAUGUACCUACAAAUGUUUCUCAAGGGGCAGCAGGCAGCCAGGAUACAAGCUGAGGAUGACUUGGAUGGGGAGGAGGGGCUGCCAUCUUCCAGUGGGCCAAUGAUGGAGCUGAUGAGACAGCUGACUCGCACCGAGGAGGAACUCGAGAAAGUCAAGGGCAUUGCACCCCCUACAACUCCCUCCUCCCUGCCCUUCCACACUUCCCCUUCCUCACCCCCACCCCCUCUCCUCUCCUCCCCUGGGGUGUGGGUCCUGAGGGCAGUGUCGUCCUCCCUUGGUGGUUCGGGUGCAGCUCUUGUUGGCGGCACGAAGGCCAUCGCUUUGUACCUGCAGGGCCGGACGCAGGCUCUCUACCACCGUGAAGUCAACUGCCGGAAUAACAAUAACAACAAUAGCACCAAUAACCGCCGCAAUGGAGAGCUGGACCCUGAAGUGACCCUACAGUUCCUCAAGUCUGCCAUCUAUUACUUCUUCACCGACCGAGACAAUGCAAAGGGACACCUGCGCGCCAUUGAAAGUAUCUUGGGUUACAGUGACAGCGAACGCUACAAUAUUGGGAAAGUCAUAAAGUAGAUGUUUGAAAAGUUACAAAGUAGUUGACUGUACUUAAUUACUGCAAAGGCAGGAAACUUUUGAAUGACUUCCUUUGCACCAGUGUGUUGACAAAUAGGUGGCCCAUAAAAAACAUUACUUCUGAAAGGUCUGUUCUUAAGAGUGUUUGGCAACAAAGUACUGGAACUGACAUUUAUUGACAAUUUUAAUUUCAUAAAGUGGGUGGAUGUUAUUUUUUUGUCAUUUCCAUAGCUAUUUAUUUUUAUGAUGAGUUACAUAUACUUAAAGUUUUGUUGUAUAUUAUUUAUUAAAUAUUUUUAGGGCAGGGAGUAUUGUUUUGUGAGUUGUAUUUUGUAUUUCAUUAUUAUUAGUUUUAUCAAAUAUUAAUAUAGCAUUCUAUUUUGGGAGUCAUUGAAUUUGCUUACUUAAUGGUUAUUUAAUGUAUGAAAGGAGGUAUGUAGUAUAGUGGCACACAAAGUUUUAAGUCAGAUUUUUAUCUACUGUACAGAGGUGGUUCCUAAUUGAGUGUCCCUGCAAAAUGACCAACAUUGGUAUGUUGGUGUUAAAGGAUACACAAAUUGAUUGAGAGGGAUGCUUUAAAACUUCUUGAAUGCAAGUAAUGCCAAAUUUCUUGCUUGCUACCAAGUCCCAGUGGGAGAAAUAUGAUUGAGGGGAAGCUUUGUUCUAGGUAGAGUUGUUUAUGAUUUAAUACCCUCGGUAUGUUAUUCUUUGCUACCUGCAUCUAGGGUGCCACUAAUUCAACUUCAUUCAGUUAUAUUUUUUUACAGAAUGGAGUUAUGUAAGGAUUCAAGAGGUGUGCUGUGAUUCACUUAUAUUAGCCUCACUCUAACUUAAGUGUGUGUAUUCAUUUGAUAUAACAAUAGUGCUUGAUCUCUGUUGUAUAUAUAUAUUUAUACAUGUAUAAAAAAUGUUAACCAGUGUUUGAGUAUAAUAUAUAUAUAUAUAUAUAUAUAUAUAUAUAUAUAUAUAUAUAUAUAUAUAUAUAUAUAUAUAUAUAUAUAUAUAUAUAUAUAUAUAUAUAUAUAUAUAUAUAUUAUAUAAAUAAAUGCGCGCACACACACACACACACACACACACACACAUGCACACUACAGGUAUACUAUAAAUUCAAUGAUGAGUUGAUACAAUGUAAGGAGUUAAUAUUGUUACCUAUAGUCUGUGAUACAUAUAAAAGAUUGUGUGUGCUCUGUUUAGGUAUCAAUUCCAAGGCUGGUAGGGAACACAUCUUGUGCUGCGACUAUUUAGGGCACAAACUUGAUAAUGGCUGUUCUGAUGCCAUGAGAUUGACUUAUUAAAUUAAAGAAAAAAAGUAGGCAGUUUAGUGCAUAGUCACUCAUAGGCAUCUGUCCAGGAAAAGCUUGAACACUAUAAAAUAUUUUUGUAGACUGUUGAGGAGAGAGCUGCAGUAAUGUUAUUGCAUACUACACAUGAAUUUAAAGCAUGCCUUGUGUAUCCUUCACCUUUUUCAAAAACUUCUCUCUCCUUGUCUUCACUCUCAGUGCUGUUGUUACUUGACUAGUUAAACAUUUUUUUCCUUUUAGGUAAGUUUUUAUAAACAUGAAGGGUAGUGUUUGUUGUUGAAUUUGGAGUGCACGAUGCCUUUCAAUAUCUUUACUUUGUUUGUUACAUGUCAUGUCAUCUGUCCUGUUACUUAGAUGCAUUUUGUACAUAAUGUAUGUACCAAUACUAUUGUUUGUUGAUGUUUUAUGAAAUGUAUAAAUAAAUAUAUAUUGUGCAUACCUAC